AGCUGGAGAUGGGGAGGUUCAGACUGGAUGUGAGAAGGAACUUCUUCACCAUGAGAGUGGUGAGUGCUUCCUGUGGCUGUGCUCCAGGUUUUUGUGCCCACCGCCUGAUCCAGCACCACUGACCAUGAGAGCAUUACCGAGAGGGUGGAUUCCUCGCUGCCUGCAGAUGGUCAGCUCACCCUGCAGGUCGUUCCAUGGGCGCCACAGGCUGCUCACAUCGCAGAUCAUUGCUCACUAUGACUCUCUAAACCAGGGUGAGAAGCAGCUGCCCCAGCACUUCAACUUCGCCAGCGACGUCUUAGAUGAGUGGACACGAGUGGAGAAGGAUGGAACACGACCAAGCAAUCCAGCUUUUUGGUGGAUCAAUGAUGAGGGAGAGGAGGAAAAGUGGAGCUUCGAAGAGCUGGGGUUUCUGUCUAGGAAAGCAGCCAAUGUCCUGUCUGAGACCUGUGGCCUGCAGAGAGGAGACAAAGUGAUGGCAGUUCUGCCUCGUGUUCCCGAGUGGUGGAUAAUGAGCGUGGGCUGCAUGCGGGCAGGAAUUGUCUUCAUUCCAGGAACAUCCCAGUUGACAGCCAAAGACAUGCUCUACAGGCUGCAGGCUUCAGAGGCCAAGUGCAUCAUUACCAGUGAUACCCUGGCACCUGCAGUCGAGUCUGUGAUGCCUGACUGCAAGUCUCUGAAAAGCAAACUGAUUGUAGCCAAGAGGAGCAGGAGUGGGUGGCUGAACCUCAAAGAGCUCCUUGCGGUGGCAUCUGCUGACCACGAAUGUGUCAAGACGAGGAGUCAGGAGCCAAUGCUGACCUAUUUCACCAGUGGAAGUACAGGCUCUCCAAAAAUGGUAGUGCAUUCCCACUGCAGUUACGGCAUUGGAUUUGCGACCAGCGGCAGGCACUGGAUGAACCUGACUCCUUCAGAUAUAAUGUGGAAUACCUCUGACACCGGCUGGGUGAAGGCAGCUUGGUCCAGUGUUUUUGCCCCAUGGAUCUGUGGGUCCUGUGUCUUUGUACACCACAUGCCCCAGUUUAAACCAGCAGUCGUUGCAGAGACUCUCUCAAGAUACCCCAUCACUGUCUUUUGCACUGCUCCCACUGGCUACCGCAUGCUGGUCCAACACGAUUUGAGCAGCUACAAGUUCCCAAGGCUGAAGCACUGCAUAUCUGGAGGGGAACCACUCAAUCCUGAGGUGAUGGCAAAGUGGAAGACCCAGACAGGGCUGGAUAUCCAUGAAGGUUAUGGCCAGACUGAGACAGUGACAAUAUGUGCCACUAGGAAAGGAAUGGAAGUCAGACCUGGCUCCUUUGGAAAGCCUGUUCCCCCUUACGACGUGCAGAUCAUAGAUGUCCAUGGGGCUGUUCUGCCUGCAGGAGAGGAAGGCACCAUUGCCAUCCGAGUCCAGCCCACACGGCCCUUCUGUAUGUUCUCUGAGUACUUGGGCAACCCUGAGAAAACUGCUGCCUCUCUGCGAGGAGAUUUCUAUGUCACUGGGGACAGAGGCAUCAUGGAUAAAGAAGGCUACAUCUGGUUCGUAGGAAGAGAUGAUGAUAUCAUUAAUUCCUCUGGGUACCGCAUUGGCCCCUUUGAAGUGGAAAGUGCCUUGAUAGAGCACCCUGCGGUCGUGGAGUCAGCUGUGGUCAGCAGCCCUGAUCCGCUUCGAGGAGAGGUAGUCAAAGCCUUCGUUGUUUUAGCUGCUGCUUACGCAUCACAGGAUCCAGAGAAAUUAACUGCUGAGCUGCAGCAACAUGUUAAGAAGGUGACUGCCCCCUACAAGUAUCCAAGGAAGGUGGAGUUUGUUCAGGAGCUGCCAAAGACAGCUACUGGAAAAAUCCAGAGAAAAGUUCUAAGGAACAAAGAGUGGGGAAGAGUAUAACAUCAUCUGGAAACUGAGCAGAGAAAACUUCAUCAUCUCUCCUAGCCCAGCACAGCACCUUUGGCAUGUGAUCGUGACCCAGAGCACCAGGAGAGCAUCCAGGAAGAGAAGGACUCUAAUACAGUUUGAGGACCUGUGGUACUAGGUGCACUCUGCCAUUGACCUACAGGCUGCUGGAGGGGAGAAGGUGCAAGUACUUAAGAAUGAGGACUGCAGGAGAGCAGGGAAGAGAUCCUGGAGCUUACAGAAGUUUAAUAUCUUUAUUGGAGUUAGUACAAGCAGCUCCCUUGAAAAAGCCCAGACCAGCCAACCAGUGUAACUGCCAUGUCUUGGUAAGGACAAGAGCCUGAGAGAUCAAUAAAAGUCAUUCCUGCCUAGCA